ACAAUUGUUAGCCACCAGCUGAACGUUGCCUUGCCAGUCCCUGAGCAGCAGCAGCCCCUCGACCAACUCGUAGGCUCUGCGUAAGUAUGGCUCAAAGUCCUCUAAAACUCUGCUGUGUUAUGAACAGGCUUCUCAUCCUGCCUCCACAAAACAGUACCAUACCAGCUACUAGGAAGAAAAUUAUCACAACCAAAACCAGGACAGUCCUGCUUACAAGGAAGUCAGAAUUGGGGCAGGCAAGCCCACAGGUGAACUAGCAAGUCAUCAGUAGUCUUUCUCUUAUCUGUUAUUCACCUGUUCCUUGUAUUGGAGACUGUGCUGUUAAGAAUUACAGCAAAUUGCUGGAAGUGUACGUUCAACGGCAGAAGUGCAAGGUAGAUCUUAUGUAGCCUGCUUUGCUUGGAGCCUGUAAUACAUAAACCAUCUGAGGAAUUCCUCUGUUAACCAGAAGCUCCCUAUCUCUUUUCCUCUGCCCACACCUUAGUCCCAGAUGUAUGUCUACCGGGGAGUGCUUAUCUGCAUACCUAGUUGUAUCUUCACUGUCUGCUUUUUUGUCUGGAAACAUCAGCAUAUGCUCACAGCGCACCUGAGAUCUUGCAAGCAGAUUAUUUAAUUCUUUUGAAUUCAGUUAUCUCUGUAUUGGCUAGCACUACUCAUCUUCACAUCAUCAGCUGAAGAUAGGACUUCUGGUGACCUUGUAUCAAGCAUAACCACUGCCCCCGUCGCUCCAUUACCUCGCAGUCCCUGUGAGGUACUUUCAACCCCUAUUUGUCAGGUAUUCACGCAAAUACUAGGUUUCAUCUCUGUUUUUACCUACCAGUGCAGCAAAGGAAACAUUUGCCUACAGAACGGGAGAGCUGUGCUCAGGUUCCACUUCAGCUUGAGUGGUUUUAGAUCCUGCCAAUGCAACAUAACCAUCAGUAGUGAGGCUUUGAUUACAGCCACAAAGAAAGAAAAACAGUAGCCUACUGGGAGUGGAAAAUCCUCUUGCCCAGUUCCUAGCGCUACCCUGAGAAAUACUGCAGAUUUCUUCCAAUUAGAUGUUCACAUAAAAUACCUGAAUAGGCCUGGGGACGAGGAUAAGAAUCCAAAUUCUAGCAGAGAAGAGUGGAGAUGAUUACCUUCUGCUUGAAAACUCCUCUGAGCUCAGAGGUGGUGGAGCCUUUGACAAAUGCCCAAGACUCAGAAAGAGUUAACCCACAGGCACCUGCCUGUGCCAAGUGUGCGGGGUACCCUGACUGGGCACCUCCAUCUAACGGCCCAUCUCCUAUCUCUGGAUCAUUACCAGAGCUCGUUCCCUGCUCCUGAGGAGCCAGAAACAAACUCCAGCACUGCCUGGGAACACACAAAUUCCUAGAGCCACAACAAGCCAUCAACUUUUAUUUUCUUCCUCGAUGAGCCUAAAACAAUUCCUAACCCUUUACGGCUGCUUUUUACUGGUUAAGCAUUCAGGUGGAUACUUUCACUUCACAUCUGCUGCAAGCUCAACGGACCGUCCACAAACGGGUCCACUGCCAGAACGUCCUCACAGUCUCCUUAGUGUCUUGCUGUGGGGACAGACACAGCUGAUGCUGAAUUGUGCAUACAUCUGUUUCCUCUGCAGUUAUCUCCACAGAACACAGGCUGCCACUUCCAGCUGUUGCCAUAACUCCUUGCCAGUAACGUACCGAGGGCCCCCAUGACAUCAAGUAACUUUUCUCUGGAAGCACUGGUAGGAAAGAGCUGCUUUUCUCAAAGAAGGGCAAGAAGCAGCACCUGUCUGAGUUAAUUGGCAAGACACCCAGAAGCGUCGCAUCUGCGGUUAAUUUUCUUCUCAGCCUGAGGGCACUCAAAUCAAUAUCACUUCAGAGAGUGAAGAACAGCAGGCUGCCGGGUACGUUGUGCGCUUGGAAGGAUGCUUUCUAUCAUUGUUACUGCACAACGCUGCCAUGUAUUGUAACAGCGAGAUUUUAGUCGCCUGCCCAUUCCAGACACUAAAUCUCGUUUCCAAGCCCUUUAUUUCUGCAGUUCUCGUUCCCAUUCUGUAAACUCGUUCGCCCAAAGAGGAAACAGUACAAAGCACAUCAGCGGGUUCUAUGUUUUGCGCCCAGGCAGGUAAAAAAAACGCGCCCCGGCACGGCGCUUUGGUUCGCUUGCCGCAGAGCGCUUCGCGAUUCCGGCUUUUAGCAGCAUCGCAGACAGCCGCGGCAGCGGCCAGAGCGGGGAACGGAGGAACGGCUGCAGCACCGCUGGAGGGGGCACGGGCGUUUGCAGGUGUUAUCGUCGCUAGAUAACGGACGGCAGCCCCGGCAGCGAGCCGGCGUCCCGCCCGUGGGACAUCCCGGGCGCGGAGGGGCAGCCCCGCGGCCCCGCCUGCGUGCUGGGGUGAGGGGGCAGCGGGCGCGGUGAGUCAGCGCGGGGACGGCCUAUAGCGGCGCGGCUGAGGAGCGCUCAGUGUUUCAGUUACGGCGGGCGGGGAGGCGGUCUUCCUCCCGCGGAGCGAAAGCGUUACGCUGAGGGUGAGCGGCAGCCGCCAGCCCGUGCCGCCGCCUCGGCCAUGGGGCAGCCGCGGUCCUCCCGGGAGCGCUGCUCCUGCAGCAACACCAACUGCGUGGAGCGGCCCCUGACGCGGCUCUUCGAAGCGCUGGGGCGCGUCGUGGCCGCCUGCCCCUGGCCCUUCGUGCUGCUGCCGCUGCUGCUGUCGGCCGGGCUGGGCGCCGGCUUCCUCUUCCUGCCGGGCCUGCAGACGAACGACAUCGAGGGCCAGUUCACGCCGACGGGCGGGCCCGCCAAGGCCGAGCGCGACUUCGUGCGGCGGCACUUCCCCACCAACGACUCGGAGCGCUUCUCCGCCGCGCGGCUGCCCACGGAGGGCGCCUACGCCGCGCUCAUCGCCGUGGCGGCGGGCGACGACGCCUCGGUGCUCGACGGGGCGGCGCGGGACGAAGUGCUGCGGCUGGACGGCGCCGUGCGCGACGCCGAGUACGAGCGGCUCUGCGCCCGCAGCGGCGGCGCCUGCGCCAGCGCCAACCCGCUGCUGCCGCUGCUCGCCAACGGCAGCGCCCUGCCCGGAAAUGUUUUCAGACUGAGCUGUGUAAGAAAUAACGUCUGGCUUGCAUGCUGUGGAGUGCUUUCCUCCGGUUUAGCUGUAUUAAGCAGCUUUGGAUUGAUGCUGUACUGUGGAGUGCCCUUUGUGGCAACUGUAGCAAAUGCUCCAUUUCUUAUUCUUGGAGUUGGUGUGGAUGACAUGUUUAUCAUGAUUGCUUCCUGGGAACAAAGCUCAAGAAAGGCAGAAAAAUCGGACACUAAAUCUCGGCUGGCCAAGACUUACAGGGAAGCGGCGCUUUCUGUGACGAUCACCACUCUCACAGAUGUCUUGGCCUUCUUCAUUGGCACCUGGACUUCUUUUCCUUCUGUGAGAUCGUUCUGCCUCUAUACCGGCACUGCCUUUGUCUUCUGCUAUGUAUAUGUUAUUACCUUCUUUGGGGCAGUUAUCGUUUUAAAUCAUAAAAGGGUGAAAGGAAACCGACACUGGUUAACUUGUGUGCAAGUGAAAGUAGGAAAGAAGUCCUGCUUGUAUAACGCGUGUUGUUUAGGCAGCUGUUCUAGUGAGUCGCCCGAGCCAGAAACCAGUGAGACAGAAAGUGAACAUCCAAUGAGCAUCUUCUUUAAAAAGUAUUAUGGUCCAUUCUUGACAGGCAAAUGGAUCAAGCUUCUUGUGGUGUUGCUGUAUGGAGCGUAUUUGGGUGGCAGUAUUUAUGGAUGCACUCAGAUGAGGGAGGGCAUAGAUCUUCGAAAUCUGGCUAGUGAUGACUCUUACGUUAUCCCGUUCUACAAUGACGAUGACAAAUACUUUUCCGAAUACGGACCCAGGGUCAUGGUUGUCAUUACUGACAGCGUAAAGUACUGGAAUGAGUCCGUUCGUAAUGACAUUGAGGCUUGCACACGGGAUUUAGAGAACAUUACCUAUGUCGACAAGAACCUCACACUGUCAUGGCUGAGAGUAUACGCAGGAAUUGCUGGAAACAGAUCAAUGAAUAUAAACAAUAAGGAUCAUUUCAUUAAUAACUUAUCUGUACUAUUCCAAUACUAUACCAGUUUUGAGUGGGACGUUGACAAGACCGCAGAUGAAAUAGCAGCUUCACGUUUCUUCAUCCAGACGGUGAACGUCACCUCAGCCAUUGAUGAGAAGAAUCUGUUAAAUCAGUUAAGAGACAGAGCCAAGCAGUGCGUAGUUCCACUCCUGGUGUACCAUCCAGCCUUCAUCUACUACGAUCAAUACCUGGUAAUAGUGCAGAACACCAUUCAGAAUGUUGUCGUCGCUGCUGGGGCAAUGCUCGUUGUCUCCCUUGUGCUUAUUCCCAGCCCACUGUGUUGCUUGUGGGUGACUUUUGCUAUAGCUUCUGUCAUCGUUGGUGUUGCUGGUUUCAUGACAUUUUGGGACAUCAGCCUCGAUUCCAUAUCCAUGAUUAACCUAGUCAUUUGUAUAGGAUUUUCGGUAGAUUUUUCUGCACAUAUUUCCUACGCCUUCGUUACGAGUGGAGAGUCAUCAGCCAAUGAAAGGGCAAUAGGAGCUCUGCACCAGCUUGGUUACCCAGUGUUACAAGGAGCAGUAUCUACUGUGCUAGGAGUAGCUGUCCUGGCUGCAGCAAAAACCUACAUCUUCAGAACGUUUUUUAAGAUAAUGUUUCUUGUUAUUUUGUUUGGGGCUGUUCAUGGUCUUGUGUUUAUUCCUGUAUUUCUAACCUUUUUUGGAUACUUUGGCAAAUCGCUCCACAUUACUGAAACUAAAAUGCUAGACCUUAGAUAUAUAAAUGAUAAAGACCGUACAUGACUAAUUCAAAUGCUUACAGUUAUAUUAAUUUAUGUAGAUUAAAAUGCAGUGACUUCCAGAGAAUGUAAAGAAUGAAGGAUGGGAAGGACAGAAUAAUAAAUACAACAGAGAAGCAAAGGCUUAAAAAUGCCAGGCAUUAAGUAACAGAAGAAAUGAAAGUGCACAGAAUGGGUUUGUGUUUCCUCCUUUUUUGUGUGCUUGACUUUGUAACUUUAAUGUUGUUAAACCUUUUUGUGUGUGUGAAUUGUUUACUGAAUGUAUUGAAACUGAAUUUAUUAUAAAUAAUAUAUAUAUUAAAAUAUAAUUUAUAAAUAUUUAUUAUAUUAUAAAAACUAAAGAUUGUCCCAGCAUCAUGGACUGUUACAGUUCAGUCAGGAAAUGUACGCAUGUGGCAACAGCAACCAUCAGUUUUUUGCAUUUACUGGCUAUUCACCUUGAUGCUGUGUCUCAACACUGAGCCUAAAGAACAUUUCCCCAAGAGGCUCAAACCUUGAUGUUUUAUAGCGAGAUGAUCAACAGGUGAGUACUGCCUCAUACUGCAGUGGUUCAUAAACGUUUGAGAGACUUAGUCUGCUUAGGCUCCUAAUGCAGCACGAGAAGCCCUUAGGAAAGAUUAACUGCCUCACACUUUUUGUUCAAAUGCGUCUUUUUCUUGCUAAGAUUAAACAGGUUGUAGCUUUAAGAAAA